AUGCUCAUGUCAUUCGCAGAAAUCAGCAGCGGCAGCACCAGCACCAGCACCAGCACCACCACCAGCAGCAGCAGCAGCAGUAGCAGCAGCAGCAGCAGCAGCAGCAGCAGCAGCAGCAGCAGCAGCAGCAGCAGCAGCAGCAGCAGUGAGACUUCUUCAGCAGGAGGUGGGGGUGGAGUGUCAGUGGGAGUCAUCAUUGGCAUUGUUGUUGCUGCUGUAGUCGUUCUCCUGCUUUUGGUCGCCGCUCUGCUUUACUUCAGGCACAAAAAGAGUGAGGUAGUGGUGUCUACAGGUGAGGCAGUGGUGUCUACAGGUGAGGCAGUGGUGUCUACAGGUGAGGCAGUGGUGUCUACAGGUGAGGCAGUGGUGUCUACAGGUGAGGCAGUGGUGUCUACAGGUGAGGCAGUGGUGUCUACAGGUGAGGCAGUGGUGUCUACAGGUGAGGCAGUGGUGUCUACAGGUGAGGCAGUGGUGUCUACAGGUGAGGCAGUGGUGUCUACAGGUGAGGCAGUGGUGUCUACAGGUGAGGCAGUGGUGUCUACAGGUGAGGCAGUGGUGUCUACAGGUGAGGCAGUGGUGUCUACAGGUGAGGCAGUGGUGUCUACAGGUGAGCCAGUGGUGUCUACAGGUGAGGCAGUGGUGUCUACAGGUGAGGCAGUGGUGUCUACAGGUGAGGCAGUGGUGUCUACAGGUGAGGCAGUGGUGUCUACAGGUGAGGCAGUGGUGUCUACAGGUGAGGCAGUGGUGUCUACAGGUGAGGCAGUGGUGUCUACAGGUGAGGCAGUGGUGUCUACAGGUGAGGCAGUGGUGUCCAAAGGUGAGGCAGUGGUGUCUACAGGUGAGGCAGUGGUGUCUACAGGUGAGGCAGUGGUGUCUACAGGUGAGGCAGUGGUGUCUACAGGUGAGGCAGUGGUGUCUACAGGUGAGGCAGUGGUGUCUACAGGUGAGGCAGUGGUGUCUACAGGUGAGGCAGUGGUGUCUACAGGUGAGGCAGUGGUGUCUACAUGUGAGGAAGUGGUGUCUAAAGGUGAGGCAGUGGUGUCUACAGGUGAGGCAGUGGUGUCUACAGGUGAGGCAGUGGUGUCUACAGGUGAGGCAGUGGUGUCUACAGGUGAGGCAGUGGUGUCUACACGUGAGGUAGUGGUGUCUACAGGUGAGGCAGUGGUGUCUAUAGGUGAGGCAGUGGUGUCUACAGGUGAGGCUCUGGUGUCUACAGGUGAGGCAGUUUUGUCUACAGGUGAGGCAGUGGUGUCUACAGGUGAGGCAGUGGUGUCUACAGGUGAGGCAGUGGUGUCUACGGGUGGUGUCUGCACUUACAGGUGA